CAAGAUGGCGACUUCAGUGUUGGGAUGUAAGGAGUGAAUCAGAGCUUUAGCCGACGGAAAGUGCUAAAGAAAUGGUCGGACUGAAUCUGCAAAAGACCUGAAACAGAUCUCCUCUCUGAUAAAUGCGCGAAUGCGCGUGAGAUCUUGUGCGCUCGCGCUUGAAUCCUCGCUGUUAGUCAGGGAUCAAAGUUGCUCGGCAACAGCUUGUGACGGCAGAUUACUCAUCGUUUGUGCUGGACUGUCGCGUUAGACAAUUAAACAAGACCAGUUGCGUUGAAAGUGCACGUGACAUUGUCGCGUUUUCGGCGAAUAUCAGACUCGUUCCUCAUGGAAUAAUCGUGGACAGAAGAACAUCGAGUGUGUUGUUAAAACCUUUGUCCACCGGAUCUCUGCAAUGGCCAUCCAUGUGUUUGAUAAUGAUGAGUACCGACCCCCUGUGUGGAAGUCCUAUUUGUAUCAGCUCCAGCAGGAGGCGCCACAUCCACGCAGAGUCACCUGCAUAUCUGAGGUGGAAAACCGGCCCAAAUACUAUGGACGAGAGUAUCAUGGGAUGAUCUCCAGAGAGGACGCAGACCAGCUCCUCAGUGUGGCCGAGGGAAGUUAUCUGAUCAGAGAGAGUCAGAGACAGCCCGGCACAUACACCUUAGCUCUACGCUUUGGGAAUCAGACCCGAAACUUCCGUCUCUUUUACGAUGGGAAGCAUUUCGUCGGGGAGAAACGUUUCGAGUCCAUCCACGACCUGGUAACAGACGGUCUGAUCACGCUGUAUAUCGAGACCAAAGCUGCCGAAUACAUAUCGAAGAUGACCAUCAACCCCAUAUACGAGCAUGUGGGCUACACCACCCUGAACCGCGAGCCAGCGCUGAAGAAAGUGCCGCCCGUCACCAAAGACGUGCCCGAUGGCAAAGAGCCGGACCUGGAGGAGAGGCUCACGUCGCUGGUUCGCAGAGCCACGCUGAAGGAGAACGAGCGCGCACCCAAGUACGAGAAAGCCCACAACUUCAAGGUGCACACCUUCAGAGGGCCACACUGGUGUGAGUACUGUGCCAACUUCAUGUGGGGUCUCAUCGCACAGGGAGUCAAGUGUGCAGAUUGUGGAUUGAAUGUUCAUAAGCAGUGCUCUAAGAUGGUUCCCAACGACUGUAAACCGGAUCUGAAGCACGUGAAGAAGGUGUACAGCUGUGAUCUCACAACACUGGUCAAAGCUCAUAACUCAAAGCGACCCAUGGUGGUGGACAUGUGCAUACGAGAGAUCGAGUCACGGGGUCUGCAGUCAGAGGGUCUGUAUCGCAUCUCUGGGUUCAGUGAGUUAAUCGAAGAUGUGAAGUUGACGUUUGACAGAGACGGGGAGAAAGCUGAUAUCUCUGUGAACACGUAUGAAGACAUCAAUAUCAUCACAGGUGCUCUUAAACUCUACUUCAGGGACUUGCCCAUCCCUGUCAUCACAUACGACGCUUAUCCACGCUUCAUCGAGGCUUCAAAGGUCACAGACCCUGAUGAGCGUUUGGAAGCUCUUCAUGAAGCUCUGAAACAGCUUCCACCCUCACACUGCGAAACUCUGCGCUAUCUCAUGGCACAUUUAAAAAGGGUAACAGAGAAUGAAAAAGACAACCUGAUGAACGCUGAGAAUCUGGGGAUCGUAUUCGGGCCGACCCUGAUGCGAGCGCCCGAUCUGGACGCCAUGACAUCUCUGAACGACAUCCGCUAUCAGAGGCAGGUGGUGGAGUUACUCAUCAAGAAUGAAGACAUCUUCUUCUAGAUUCUUCUAGCAGCUGCUCUUCUCUUUUACUCCGUCUGGACUUGAACAUGAAGGACUCUUGUAAUAUAGAACUUUUUUUGGACCAGUACUUACUAACACCCCUGUUCCUCCUCUGAUGGAUGAUGUUCCUGUAUCUUGCAUGUCUUCCUCCCCAUUUUUGUCGGGGUUUGUUAAAGCUGACGGUGGGCGCGCUGUGCUUCAACAUUGCUCUUCUGCUGGAGUCUGACGGAUUGUGCUUCUGUUGUUCCUGCCGUACUACAAACAGGCGUUUUGUUUCUUUUUUGUAAAACGUUGUGAAUUUGGAUAAGACACAGUCAUUUUUGGAAACACUUUAUCUGAAGAGCCAUAAAUAAGGAUGAUGUCAAAUUGUGCAGGCGUAAUAACCCUAUUCAUGUGAUCUGAAUAGUCAUUUAUCUCAAUCAACCUGAGGUUUUGUACUUGAAUAUGAGGUUUGUUUUUUCAUAAUCCUGAGUGCAUGGAUCAGCCGAUAAAGUGUCAGGAGUGAUUUUUCAGAUUCUGAAUGUGUUUUAUUUUCUGGUUGUUUUUAAUUUAUUCCGUCAGGUUUAUCUGACUCUGCCUUUACCAGCAAGACCUCCACAUGAGAGUCAAAAGACUUCUGCAGUAAACACAUAUUCACACACAAUAUUUACAGUCCGUGUCAUGAUCUUUAAAUCUGCCUUUAGAAAAACCUGUUGCACUCUUAAUGUGACUUCUUGAUGUUUUUGGUUCUGUUUUUGUAAUUGAUUUGAGCAUGAAGACAUUAAUUUAUUAAAUUGUACUUUUAGAACUGUG